AUGUAAUUAAAAUAAAGAAAGAGAAUUGAUAUAUCUGAUGAUCGUAUUAAUUUCAUAUCAUUUUGAAAGCUCUCUUUUUCAAUGAUGAACCUGUGCUCAAAUUACGGAAACUCAAACUGAAGAAAUUGGCAGAUUUAGAAACUUAUAUUCAUCAAUAAAACUAACGGAGAGGAUCAUUUGACCAAAAUCUCAAUAACAACAACAACAAUUUGUAACAUCUAAAAAAUCAAUAACACAAUGGGGGCAAAAUAAUCGAUUACGUUAAAGUUUAGAAUAGAGAGUAACCACUUAUGAUCCAUUAAUAGGAUAAACUAAGUAAGAUUGUAACAAAAAUUUUUGAACCGUUCACGCAUUCUCUAAGAUGAACCCCAAAAAAACAAAGAAAAAGAGCUACCGUUUGUUGAAGUAAUCAUCAACCUAUGUCAAUCUUUAGGAAUAUCUUUAUAGAAGAACAUUUAAUAACAUCAUUAAAAAAUCACAUCUGAAACAUGAUACCAUCAAAGCAUCUUUGUAAAAAGUCGAGACGUUCCUAAGUAGCAUUGAUACAACAAAAGAUCAAUUCGUUCAAAUUUCUCCCCAGACUCAAUCAAAAAACACCUAAAUAAAGACAACCAGAAAUGAAGAAAAUUCAUCUCAUUCUAUAAAAUCUCAAUUAUUUAACGUAAGCGAAACUCCAACAGGUAGAGAUAGAUCAACAUCCCUGAAGUAAACGAUUGAGUAGAACAACGAAAUUAGAAGUAAAUCAAUAACAUUAUCAUUCUUAGAUUUGAGGAGAGAUAAAGUCAAAGAAAUAAUUUACAAAACUGAGGAAACUAGAGAACGUAGUAUGGCAGCUGUAAGAUAUUUGCUAACUUAAUUAGAAACUAUCUGUUUACAGUGAAAAACCAGACAGUAUAUAACCAACAAAAAAAUAAUUAUAAUAACUUCGAUACAAAUGGGUUAGAAAACUAAAAUAUAAGAUUGAAUUACACAACAAUUAGAUGAAAUAAUUUAUGGAGUUCUUAGAUUAUCUGAAAUCCUCUGAUGUUAUGAUAACAAAUGAGGAUCACAAGUAUUUAAAAUACUACAGAGAUAAAUUAUUAAAUGGCGAUCAUCUAGUUGAUCAUGACUUUGAGAUGAUGGUUAAGAAUCAAACAACUAAUAUUAUCGGGUAACUAAUACGCAGCCUUAUCGCUGUCGAACAUUGA